UUCCUUCCCCUUUGCCUUCCUUUCCGUGGGACGGCCCUCCCCCGCCUGCCCCCCCUCCCACCCCACCCUGUGAGUCAGGCCCCAGGGGAGGGGAGGGGAGGGGAGGGGAGGGAGGAGGGAGUCAGAGAGAGAGAGAGAGAGAGCGAGAGAGAGAGACUCUUCUUCCGCCGCCCGUCCCGGCUCACCUGGGCAGCUCUUCCCCCGUCCCGCCAUGGCCCGCCGGUCGCAGAGCUCCUCGCAGGGCGACAACCCGCUGGACCCCAACUACCUCCCCCCGCACUACAAGGAGUACUACCGGCAGGCACUGGACGCGCUGACGGAGGAGGGGCCCGAGGCCUACCAGCGCUUCCUGGAGGAGGAGGGGGUCCCGGACUUCCUGUGCCCCUCGGAGGUCGACCACAUCACGCGGCACCUGCAGCAGCCCCAGCACAUUGGCCAGGAGGGGGGCGGGGGGGCCGGGGAGGGCGGGGGCGGCGGCGACGGCAGCGGAGGGGGCGGGGGCAGCGGGGGCUCCGGGCCCCCCAACAACACGGACGCGGACGGCUCCUCGGGGACCUACUGGCCCAUGAACUCUGACCUGGCCGUGCCGGAGCUGGACCUGGGCUGGCCGAUGGUCUUCGGCUUCCGGGGGACGGAGGUGACCACCCUGGUGCAGCCCCCGCCCCCGGACAACCCCAGCAUCAAGGAGGAGGCCCGGCGCAUGAUCCGCGCAGCACAACAGGUGGUGGCCAUCGUGAUGGACGUCUUCACGGACGUGGACCUCCUGGCCGAGGUGCUGGACGCGGCUGCCCGCCGAGUCCCCGUCUACAUCCUGCUGGACGAGAUGCAAGCUCAGCUCUUCCUGGACAUGGCCGCCAAGUGCAAAGUCAACCUCAACUACGUGGAUUUCCUGAGGGUCCGCACGGUCUCCGGCCCCACCUACUACUGCCGCACAGGGAAGUCCUUCAAGGGCCACGUCAAGGAGAGGUUCCUGCUGGUGGACUGCAUGGUGGUGCUGAGCGGCAGCUACAGCUUCAUGUGGUCCUUUGAGAAGAUCCACCGCAGCAUCGCCCACAUCUUCCAGGGAGAGCUGGUGGCCAGCUUCGACGAGGAGUUUCGGAUCCUGUUUGCGCAGUCGGAGCCCCUGGUGCCCCCCGCCAACGUCCUGGUGAAGGCAGCGGAGACCCCGCUGGGGCCCUACGGGAUGAUGCCUUUUGGGGGCCACCCGCCCUUCUUCCCGAAGAAGCCCCACCCACUGGUCUUCCCCCGGGAGGAGGGCCUCUUCCCGGGCCCCUUCGCGGACAGGGUGGACCCGGACCGGUACUUCCUGUCCUCCUUCCGCCGGGACGACAUGCUGCGGCACACGAUGGAGGGCUCGGCGCUGCGCAUGUACGCCAAGAAGGCGGAGCUGGAGAGCGCGCAGCUGGACCCCGGCCGGAGCUUCCUCCGCACCCGGCAGCUGGAGAUGGACGCCUUCAAGCGGCACAGCUUCGCCGAGGGCACCUUCGAGAACUUCGCCUCCUCCAAGCAGUUCUCCAGGCAGAUGUAUGCCAACAAUCUGGACGACUUCAAAAUCCAGUCCAGCCAUUUCCAGAAGGACCAGUUCUACCAGUACCAGUUUGAGCCCCCGCACGGAGCCUACAGGCCCCAGGGGCUCUUUGAGAGGAUACGGGGAGGCCGCCCCGGGUUCAACGACCCGCCAGAGGACUUUACGGACAGCUUCCGGUACCCCGAGCUGGAGUCCGGCUUCUCCCAGGAGGGCUUCCCGCUGCGGCUGGACUACGUGCCGUCCAACUCCUCCAAGGAAGUGCGGCACGGCUCUGAGCGCAUGAACCCCGGCGGGAACGGCCUCCACGGCCUGUCCUCUCUCCUCCGGAGGCAGAACGUGGGGCAGAAGUUCCUGUGCCAGACGUCCCCAACGCAGAAGCAGGGCCUGGAGCAGCGGUUCUUCCUCCAGGAGCAGGAGCAGGAGGCCGAGCACGACAAGAAGGCCCAGGAGAACCGGGCCGGCCUGCGCAACUGGAGGAUCUCCUCGUACCUGAGUGGCUGCCAGCCGGAGCCCGGUGAGGAGGGGGCCCCGGCACCCGUGGAGCCCGAGGGCCACAGCGAGGGGCCACCCCCCACGGAGGCCCUUUUCCCCAGGUAUCCCAGCGACCUCCUCCUCCCCACCUUCAAAGCCCCCCUGUCUCUCGCCAGUUCCAAGGAGUCGGGGGGCGGAGGCGAGGAGGCCCUGGGGGCGCCCAAGCAGGACCCUUUCCGGAGCAGGAUAAACCCCUUGAUCCAGAGGACCUCUCGCCUCAGGUCUUCCCUCAUCUUCAGUGCUGCCAAGUUAGACCAGCCCAACGCUUCGGCUGAGAAGACGCUCCAGAUGGUCCAGAAGGAGCAGACGACCAGCGAGACCACAAGCGACAGCGAGACAGUGAAGACCAGCACCUCCAAAGUGGCCGAGCUGCUCGAGAAGUACAAGACGGUGGGCAAAGACUCGGACAGGACCACCGUCAGCCAGACCAAGGCCAUGUCCGCUUUCCUCCAGGAAGAAAGCCAGGGCACGGAGAAAAGGAGCACCAAGUCGGUGCAGUACAAGAUCCUGGAGAGCAGCGUGGUAGAGGCCAAAGACUCUUUCCCCAAUUACAAGUUGCUCUUGGACUCGGAGGGGCAGUUUGGGGGGCUCCCCUCGGCCGGCCAGCUCACGGAAGGGCUCGGCAAAGACCCCGCAUCGCAGGUCAGCAGCCAAAUGGACAAACUGUCCUCCCGGUUCUAUCCGAUGGACAAGAAGCCCAGCCCUUCCGAGAAGGAGAGCCUCAUUUUUGUCGGGGAAACACAGACGCUCGCUGCCCCAGAAAGGAAAGAGAAGCCGCCCUUCCCGGGUGACGUCCACGGUCCGCCGGAAACAGAACUGAGAAACCCCUCCCCAGCGCAAACCAGCACCGCUCUGGCGCCCGAAGGCCCCUCCAAGGCCCCCGAGGGGCCCCCCACCAAGCCCGAGGAAGAGGGGGGCAAGCAGGAGCAGAGCCCCCGGGAGUUCUUCCGGAAGGGCUCCCUGCGGCUGAAGCAGCUCCUGAGCCCCAAACCGGAGAGGAAGCCGGACGAAGACCUCGGCCCCGAGAACUGGAAGCCGGACCGGCCAAACGCGGCAGCGGCGGUCAAGAGGCUCUCCAAGAGCGACUACCCCGAGAUGAUCGAGGAGGAGGAGAAGCCCCCGAAGCCGAGCCCGCCGGCCCCCGCCCUCAAGGGGGGCAGCCAGCCCCGCCUGCCCCUCUCCACCGCCAACGUCCUCUACAGCAGCAACCUCCGCGACGACACCAAGGUCAUCCUGGAGCAGAUCUCGGCCAACAGCCAGAAGAACCGGGCCGAACUGGCCAGGCAGCUCCCGGGGGCCGGCAACCCGGAGCUCUCCAAGUCCACCACCAGCCUGGACCACAGGGCGGCCGAAGAGCGGGGCCCGGCCGGGACGGGGAUGGGGAUCGGCCGGUCGGAGAGCUUCGGCAACCACCACCGGCGGGGCCUCCAGAAGGAGCAGCACCCCGAGGACCGGGAGUCCCUCCUCAAGCGCAUGGAGAGCAUGCGGAAGGAGAAGCGGGUCUACAGCCGCUUCGAGGUGUUCUGCAAGAAGGACGACCCGAGCGAGGAGCUGGACGGAGACCUGGACACCAAGGACAAGAAGAUGAGCAAGUUCAUGCCCAAGCUCCUGGGCACCUUCAAGACCAAAAAGUGACCUCGGCACCCGAUGCCGGACUCGUUGGUGGGCGGCCCUUGCAAGGAGGGACAUGAGGGCCACGGGGAGGGGGCGGCGGGGGCAGGGACGGACAGACUGGCAUCCAGACGGUGGCCAGGCCCCCCCAAGCCGAACGUCACUGCCUUUGUGGGGAAUCCAAGCACAGCAGAGCACCUUCAUCUCUCUGAGGACAAUUCCGCUGCUGGUGGUGGUGGGGAAGGGUGGGGGCAACAAAGGGGUCUUCCGGUGGGGGGUGCUCUCGCCUUUUCUGCCCAGGACACUGCCUUCUGCCUUGGGGUCUCUCUUAUCUUCCCAGGUGUGCCUUUUACCACGACCAGCACUGAUGCACCCUUGUGCCUUUUCCUUGGAUGCUCCCGUGGAGAGAGGGAGGGGCAGCAGCAGGGUCUGCUGGAGGUGGGUGGGGGGCUCAGGGUGGGAUGGGGUCGGUGGCCAUAGCAAUGGAGCGUCCGGACAACAACAAUCCCCUCCCCGACCCAGGCGAGCUGUGCCACCCACGCUGGGCUGCAGGCAGGACCCCGACGUCGGGAGGGGGUCCCGUGGUUUCUUUGGGUGGGUUUCUCUUCCCUGUUCUUUGGGUUUCUGCAUGCAGGGAAGACCCCCACCCUCACCUGGGCCCUUCCCUCAGGCAUCCCUCGCAGACACACAACACACAAGUGCCUCUGCUCCAUUGGGCCCCCAACGGCCCCCUUUGCUCACUGGGGAGCCCAGCCAGGGGGCCAAUAAUAAUAGUAAUAAUAGUAAUAAUAAUAAUAAUAAUAAUACUUUAUUUAUACCCCACCAUCAUCUCCCGGGGGUCUUGGGGCAGCUCACAAACAAACACAUUACAAAAAUGGCAGAAACAAGAACAUAAAGCAAUAACGGCCAACAUAAAUAUCUCACUUCACGCAGCAAGAGGUGCAGGUAUCAAACAAGGGGCCAUACUGGGCGGGGGGGGGGGGGGGCUUGUCAUGCAGCCCCUGCCUGGCCAAGGGAGCCCCCCCCUUCCCCAACGCUGACCAAGGGGGCCAAGGCCGAUCGGGACCUUGAGGGAGGGGCCAGAGUGCCCGCCCCGCCCCAGGCUGUUCUUCAGGGAGGCCUCGGCGACAAAGGGAAUGGACACGCAGGGGCUGGAGGGCAGGGGGCGGGGCCUCAGCCAAAGGCCCCCCCCCCCCGUUCAAGCAGGCCCCCUGCCGCCCACGCCCACUCGCCCACCAUAAUAAAUGCGCC